AUGGAAGACGAGGCGAGGCCAAGCAAGAAGGUGCGCCGGACCGCGGGGUCCGGCCUGACGCCGUUCGCGCUCCGCCUCGCGAAGCAGCUCUCCGAUGGCGUCGGCAGCGGCAACAACCUCGUCUUCUCGCCACUGUCCAUCUACAGGGCUCUCGCCCUCGUGGCGGCUGGGGCAGGGGGCGAGACCCUAGAUGAGUUCCUCGCCCUGCUCGGCGCGGCGUCGCGCGACGAGCUCGCCGAGUUCGCCCGCGGCAUGCCAGCAGCAAGCGCCCUUGCGGACGACGACAGAUCCGGUUCGUCGGGCGGGCCGAUCGUCGCCUUCACCUGCGGAGUCUGGUACCAGAACACGGUGGCGUUGAAGCCGGCCUACCGCGAUGCCGCCGUGGAGUCCUAUAAGGCCAAGAUGCGCGCCGCCAAUUUCCUUGAAAAGGCAGAGAAAGUAAGAAAGGAAAUAAACAAGUGGGUAUCGAAGGCCACGAAUGAGCUCAUCACCUCAAUCCUUCCUAAAGGUUCUGUGCACUCUGAAACCGUGCUCGUGCUUGCAAACGCCAUCUACUUCAAGGGUACCUGGUCCACACCCUUCGUGAAGGAGCGUACGGUAGACAAGGAAUUCCACAGGCUUGACGGCAGCUGCGUGCGCGCUCCGUUCAUGCACAGCACGGAGGAUCAGUUCAUCAAGGAGCACGAUGGGUUCAAGGUGCUCAAGCUACCAUACCGCAACUCAUCAGCUUCAGCUUGGUACGACGUUGAUGAUGAUUGGGGUUAUGAACAACAGUCCGAUGAGCGCCCGAGGUUCUCGAUGUGCAUCUUCCUUCCGGACGCCCGCGACGGCCUGCCCGGUCUCGUUGACAAGAUGGCGUCCAGCUCCUGUAGCUUCCAGCUGCGAGGGCGCCACUUGCCCACGAGGCGUGUCAAGGUUGGCAAGUUCUGGCUACCCAAGUUCAAGCUUUCCUACUCCAGCCAAAUGAAUGAAGUGCUCAAGGCUAUGGGUCUUGAAGCUGUUUUCUCACCACACGAGGCUGAUCUGUCCAACAUGGUGGAGGAUGACGAUGAGUUGUAUAUGGAUCAUGUUUUUCACAAGGCGGUCGACAAGGUGGACGAGGAAGGAACCGAGGCAGAAGCCUCCACCGCUUGCACCAUUCGAAAAGUUGCAUUACAUUGGUCGCCUGUCACCAUGGAUUUCAUCGCUGACCAUCCUUUUGUGUUCCUCGUGGUGGAGGAGGCGUCUGGAGCAGUCGUCUUCAUGGGACAGGUCCUGGACCCUACAAGAUCAGAGUAG